AUGGCAUUAAAGAAGGUAGUAUCUCUAAGAGGACAUUCCAAUGCUAUAACUUCCUCUGAAGUAUUUCGAUUGCCUGAUAGUAAGGAGCCCUCUUUAGUUUCUUGCGAUAGUAAAGGAUGGAUAAUAUGGUGGGAUCUAAAUAAGAGGCGUCCGAUGGGCACUUGGAAAGGACAUGACUCGAGCAUAAUAACUGUUAAACAGCUAGACAACAAUUACUUGCUAACCCAUUCAAAAGAUUCUGAGAUCAAGAUUUGGGAUAUACUUAGCUUCACUAAUUUUAGUUCAUCUGUGCCUACACUGAAUUUCAACGAUGUGAAAUACUUUAGCGUGAAAGAUUCUGAUCAAUUGCGGAAGAAGAAGGAAGAGUUAUUAAACAUUUUUCCUGUUCCAAAUAGCGUUUCAAUUCCAGUCAAUGCCUUGAAUUUUUGCAACGUUGACUACUGUAAAAACCUUUUGAUUACUCCUGCUUCACAAGAUUCAAAUCAUUUUGAUAUCUACAAAAUUUUUGAUGGAGCCUCUCCGGACGAAUCUAUUGAGGAUCAGCUCAAUUUGAAGCGAGUCGUGACUAACUUUAGUGGUUGGGAUUUAUAUCAGAAACAAAUAAAACUUCAAGAAGAUAUUGAAGUAGAAAUACCCUCGUCUAGUGAUUUGAAGAGAGACCAGUUUGGAAUUGUGAUGAAGGUUCUAUUUAUCAAGGAGACUGUAUUUUUUGUUGGUUAUGAAUCAGGGCAUGUCCUUGGAUUUAGCUUAGAGGAUGUAAAACCGAUUUCUAUAUCAUCUUCAUCUUCAUCUUCAACUUCAACUGCAAAUACUCAAGGUGACAACCUGGGAUUGUCUUCAAUGUUUCGAAAGCAGCCUGGCCUGAUAGCUACAGAAAGGACCCUCAUCAAUAGAGAAUUUAAGGUUAAUCUCAUUUAUGCGCAUGCGUCCCAUACUCCUGAACCGGUAAUAAGCCUAAGUUAUGAGGAUGGCUUCGUUGUAUCUGGAUCGCUGCGUAAAUCUAUUAUAGUCCAUGAUUAUCGAAACAGAACUCAACAUAAGGUCAAACUCAGGAUGGCUGGUAUCCAAGCUAUAUCGAGCGUCAGGGAUAUUAUUGUUGUUGGCUUUUGGAAUGGUCAAGUAUGUGGGUAUUCGCAUGAUUUUGAAGAGAUAUUUGCUAUUCUGGGUAAUGUACCAGUUGUUGAAACGUUGGAGGAUUCCAAUGCACAAGCUAUUAAAUCCAAAAAUGUCUUGAAGCUAUCUAAUUUAACUACCAUAGACUCAGAUAAAAGUGCCACGGAAUUACCGAAUUCUUAUAGAUCAUUAAUAAAACAACGGAAAAGCAUCACAAGAAAAGACUUGUUGGUCUUAAGCUAUGAAGAUGGAACUAUUUCCAUAUACGAACUCUAA